UGCGUACGUGCGCUGAGGUUGUAACCUAUAAUAAAACUCCUGUCAGCCUUCCUAGUGGAAGUUUGUGGGUCUUAUAUGUGAGUGUUCCUGGCAAGCACGAUCGUCUCAAGUCCACCAGCCGCCUCGAAGUGGUGAGGAUGAUGCUCGCACCAUCUGCUGUCGUGCCCUUGGGCCGCCGAAACGAGAUACCUGCUGUCGCCGACAUCAUGCAUCGCAGCCAGCAAGCAUUGCCUCCGCUGCCGACCUCCGCCACUGCCUUCCAGCGCCAGAAGCCGUUGCCUUGUGAGCCAGCGCUCGUCGCUUCCACCAGCCAGCCACGCCCAUCCACCAAGCACCGUCCAGAGACGCUCGAUUUGAGCGUUACAUCGUCCAAUGGCCACUCCACGCUGCCCACGCCUCGCUUGAAGCGCCUGCUGCGUGAUGCGCGCUCGCCCAACGACGUCUCUGCAAUCGUUCAAAUCCCUGCUGCCGACCGUCGAGAGCAAUUGCCACCGACGCCCACGACACCGCUCGCCAGUCUUGUCAUGGGGAACGCGCACUCGGCCGCUUCGGACAGCGUGACGGACGACAACAAAUCCCUACGAAGCGUCGUCCAUGUGCGGCGCCAGUCCCGGCCGAUGGCCCGGAAAAGUUCGUCCAACCUGUUCAAGCGUAUCGACAGCCGCAGUCCGCUGCCUCGCGAUGUCACCGCAAGCGUCAUGUCCAUCCUGCACCGAGACAGCAACAAGAAUGACGCAGGCUCAGUUGGCAUGGACCCAUUCGACGACCGAAACGACGAGCACGGCCCUGAAUACCGCGGACGCUCGCCCACCAUGACCGCAUUGCACUCAACAUCGACCGUGACUAUGACCGACUGCCGAGCGAAGCCGUGUCUGAGUCCUUCAACAACUGUUCGAGAUUUCGACAUAUCCGAGAAGACCCGCAAAGAUUCGAAGACAGAAUUCUUUCCCGGCCUGGAACCAGCCGAAGACACAUGUGAAGAGGCAAUUGAGACCCUCUCUCCAUCCAUUCCGGCACCGUCACCUUUACCUGAAGAUAGCCCGCACAAGUACGGCUUGAGAGACAGCGCAGACACACCGCCCGUGCCACAUCAGAGUGUCGACGCUCAGGCCCACAGGGCCAAGCGCAAGAGCAGUGGCCUGGAGAUCUUCAAGGAAGCGCAAACACUACAGCACGCCCAGUCUUUUCUCAAUGGUCUGAGUACCGCUCGGCGACGGGCAGAGUCAGCAGCUGGCGCAGAGCUGACACAUUCGGCCAACGAUUCUGUCUGCGAUAUCACGAACAACCAACCUGGAGCUGUAUUAACAUUGCCGUCAUCGCAACCCGUGAAAGCUUACGAAGACGGCGAGGGACGUCGCAAGGGGCAUAACUUCAAGUCAUCCGGCUUUGCGUACAGCCGACCUCUCACUCUCGCGCAAAUCAAAUGCUACCGCGCUCACGCCACGCUACUGCAAAGUAGAAACAAGCAGGCGCCAGUCGAGUGCGCGGUAUGCCACUCUGACGAUGAUAGUGAGCAUUUCAGUUGCAGCUGGUGCGCGCUGCGCAUGUGCAGGCGCUGUCGAAAGGAUUUUGCCGUGCGUGGUCUUUCUGCAUUGAAGGAGAGAAUUAAGAUGGCCGAGAUGGGGGAUCGGAUGGAGACCGCGCAGCAUAGUUCGAGCGAAAGUGCCCCAGAGAGAGCCGCAUCGAACCAGACAAGAGGUAAAGAGUGGAGAGCAUAAAACAGCGUGGUGCGCAACUAACACGAUGUACGAUGAUGGUCGAAUGUUUGCACACGACAAGAUGAUACCUGUACGUUGACGAUUGGCAUGAUGAGCAUCAUAUACCCACUGCACCGGUGCAGGCGAAUUAGAUAUUUCAAAGUAUUGACGGCUUUCGUCGCCUCGAACGACCA